CCUUCGUGCGGCCGCGGCGGCGGGGCCAUGGCCGGGGCCGGGGCCGGGGGCCGCGCGGAGCCCCCCCGAGAGCGUCGGGCCCCUCUGGGAAAAGAGAGAGAAGCAGCCGAAGCCGAGGAGCCGCGGCAAAGCCAGGAGCUGCUGAGCCGGACGGCAGCCGAGAGGCAGAAGAUGGUCUGGGAGUGGCGGGAUCUGCGAGGGUUUCUGGCGGAGCAGGAGCAGCGGCUGCUGUCCCGGCUGGAAGAGCUCGAGAGAGCCAUUGCCCAGAGAAGGGAUGCGGGCGCCUGCCGAGUGUCCCGGGAGAUUUCCCUGCUCGGGGAGCGGGGAGGAGAGAAGGGGCAGCCGCUGAGCCCACCCCUGCAGGGUGCCGGGAGCAGUGGGAGCAGGGAGGACGGGGCGUUUCGGGAGCCGGAGCCGGGGUUUGCAGAGCUGGAGAGGAGGCUCAGCGAUUUCUCUCUGACAAGUGCCGUCCUGCAGCAGGUCCUGCGGGGAUUCAAAGAGACGCUGCGACGGGAGCUGGGGAGCGACGCAGGCUGCGGAACGACCUCCCCCUUUGCCUCCGGAUGGGCCCAGCCUCCCAGGGGACGGGGAAGAGCAACGGCUGCCGGGGAGCUGGCUCAGGAGCCGGUGGCCUUCGAGGAGGUGGUUGUGUAUUUCGCCAGGGAAGAGUGGGCUCUGCUGGACCCCGCUCAGCGAGACCUGUACUGGGACAUCAUGCAGGAGAACUAUGAGAAUGUGACCUCGCUGGGGUUUCCAGUUUCCAAACCUGAGGUGAUGUCCCAGCUGAAACAAGGGGAAGAGCUAUGGAUCUCAGAUCUCCAGAGCUCUGAGGAAAGAGGGAUCCUGAGAGGAACCUGCCCAGGAGACGACGGGACGGUGCGUGAGAAGAAGGGGCAGAAUCCAGAGCAGGAAGAUGCUGAGCACGUGGAACUGCACGGGGGAUUAUCACAAAGAACUAACGGGAACGUGCCCGGGAGUCAUGAGGGAAGGCAGCAGGGAAACCAGGCGGGGGGAAAAGUGGGUAAAUCCAUCGGUUGUGAGGAAAAUCACAAGGACCUCAAGGAAUGCAGUGCCCAGCAGAGAAUCCUCAUGGGAAAGAGAAAAAAUAUAUGCACUGAGUGUGGGAAAACCUUCCCUGGGCUCUCACACCUUAUUAUGCACCAGAGAAUCCACACGGGAGAAAGACCCUACGCAUGCUGCGAGUGCGGGAAAACCUUCAUUCGAAGCUCCCACCUUAUCAGACAUAAGAAAAUCCACACCGGAGAGAGACCCUAUGAAUGCUGCGAGUGCGGGAAAACCUUCGCUGUGCGCUCACACCUUAUUGUACACCAGCGAAUCCACACCGGCGAGCGCCCCUACGCAUGCCCUGAGUGCGGGAAAACCUUCACGCGAGGCUCACACCUGAUCAGACACCAGAGAACCCACCGCGGAGAGAGGCCCUAUAAAUGCUCCGAGCGCGGGAAAACCUGUCGCUGGCGGGAAAAUCUUACUAGACAUCAGAGAAUCCACACUGGGGAGAGGCCCCACGAAUGCCGUGAGUGCGGGAAAACCUUCAUUUCUCACUCACGCCUUACUCAACAUCAGAAAAUCCACAGCGGGGAGAGGCCUUAUCAAUGCAGCGAGUGUGGGAAAAAUUUCGGUCAGAUCUCAAACCUUAUUAGACACCAGAAAAUCCACACAGGAGAGUGACCCUGGACAUGCUGUGAGUGCGGGAAAACGUUUUCCCGGCAAUCACACCUUAUUAUUCAUCAGAGAACCCAUGUGGGAGAGAAGCCCCAUGAAUGCCGUGCGUGCGGGGAAACCUUUGCAAGGCACCCACACCUUAUCAGACAUCAGAGAAUUCAUACAGGGGAAAAACCCUACAAAUGCGGUGAGUGUGGGAAAAGCUUCAAUCACAGCUCAGCCCUUCUUGCACAUCAGAAAAUCCACACCGGGGAGAGGCCUUACAAAUGCCGUGAGUGCGGGAAACUCUUCUCACAAAAAAUUACCUGUGACCGACAUCAGAAAAUCCGCACCAGAGAGCGACCCUAUCAGUGCCGUGCGUGCGGGAAAACCUUCACGCGGCGCCCACACCUCGUUAGACAUAAAAUAAUCCACACGCGGAAGAGGCCCUCCGACUGCUGUGAGUGCAAGAGAAGCUUCAGCCAGAACUCCAACGUUAUUACUCAGCAGACAAAUCACAAGGAAGAAAAACCCUACAAAUGUCUUGACUGCGGGAAAAGAUUCAGUGUGAGAACAAGCCUCACUACGCAUUGGAAAAUCCAUACAGGAGAUAAACCCUACAAAUGUUUGGACUGCGGGAAAAGUUUCCAUCAGAGCUCACACCUUAUUACACAUCAAAGACUGCACAUGGGAGAAAGACCCUAUAGAUGCCUUGAGUGUGGGAAAAGUUUUAAUGAAAGUUCAUCUCUUACUAAACAUGGGAGAAUCCACACAGGAGAAAGACCCUACAAAUGCCUUGAGUGUGGGAAAAGAUUCAGUUUCAAAUCAGCCCUUAAUGCGCACCAGAGAACCCACACGGGAGAGAAACCCUAUAAAUGUUUGGUCUGUGGGAAAACCUUCAGUGAGAGCUCACAUCUUAUUAACCAUGGAAGAAUGCAUACGGGAGAGAAACCCCAUAAAUGCUUGGAAUGUGGGAAAAGCUUUCGUAAGAGGUCGUCCCUUAUUACACACCAGAGACUGCACACAGGAGAGAGACCAUAUAAAUGCCUGGAGUGUGGGAAAGAUUUUAGUGAGCGAUCAGUCCUUCUUACACACAAGAGAACCCACACAGGAGAGAAACCCUAUAAAUGCUUGGACUGUGGGAAAAGCUUCAGUCAAAGGUCACAUCUUAUUAACCAUGGGAGAAUCCACACGGGAGAAAAACCCUUUAAAUGCUUGGAAUGCGAGAAAAGCUUUAGUCAGAAAUCAUCCCUUAUUACACAUCAGAGACUGCACACAGGAGAGAGACCAUAUAGAUGCCUUGAGUGUGGGAAAGGAUUCAAUGAGCGAUCAUCCCUUCUUACACACAAGAGAACCCACACGGGAGAGAAUCCCUAUAAAUGCCUUGAGUGUGGGAAAAGUUUCAUUCAGCCAUCCAACCUUACUACGCAUCAGAGAGUGCACACAAGUGACAAACCCCAUAAAUGCUUGGAGUGUGGGAAAAGCUUCAGUCACAACUCCUACCUUACUAGACACCAGAAAAUCCAUACAGGAGAAAGACCAUAUAAAUGCUUGGACUGUGGAAGAAGUUUUGCUCACAAUUCAGGCCUUAUUGUGCAUCAGAGAAUCCACACUGCAGAGAAGCCCUAUCUAUGCUUGGAGUGUGGGAAAAACUUCAGCCACAAAUCAAAUCUUACUAGACAUCAGACAAUCCACCUGGGAGAAAGACCAUAUAAAUGCCUAGACUGUGGGAAACGUUUCAUUUAGACAUCAACCCUUGUUACACGCCAGAGAAUACUCACUGGAGAGAGACCCCACAAGUGCUUGGACUAUGGGAAAAGUUUCAUUCAGAUCUCACACCUUAUUAGACACCAGAGAAUUCAGGGCCGUCCUUAGGCAUACGUAGGGAACCUGAAAAUUUGGGGCACCCCUGGGUCUUAAUGUCCACCCAUCUGCCUCUUCCUAUCCCUGUUCUGACCCUCCCUGCAGGCACCCACCACAGCUGGCUGCUGCAGCCUGGUGAGUCUUCCUCUGGAGGGGAUCUAGUAACUUAAAAGUGAAAAAGCCUCCAGCCUGCCAGACCUAUUAGCACAACACUGAAACUGUUAAAGACCCACUCAAGGGGUAAUGAAGCCAUUUAACAGGCAUUUGCCAACCCCCAGGUAUAUACUGUCAGUUUCUGAAUUUACUGACCAAAACAGUUGUGCAUGACUGUGAUAUUUACUCAGAACAUGUCAGUCUACAGGACCUUAGUUUAAAAUUUGACUUAAAAAUAUUUCAUUAGUGUGUUGGUGAAGUUUAUAAAAUCACAUCUCUUAAAAAAUCCUUGCAGAGAUUUUUAGAUGCACAAUCUCAGUAUUCAUCUUUAGCCUUAAAUGCUUGGAUCUUCAGACAUAUAGUUUUUUAAAUAAAUCCUUCAAAAGACCCCCCUUAUCUAAAAUAUGCAUGCGAGCCCGGGCUGCCGUUGGGCAUCGGGGGACCAGUUUCAUAAUACUGCAUAGGGCCCCAUAAAUCCUAAGGGCGGCCCUGAGAGAAUUCAUACCGGAGAUAAACCUGAUAAAUCCUCCACUGUAGGAAAAGUUUCAUUGAGAGAACAAACGUUAUUGGACGUCACAGAAUCCACAAAGGCUAUACAUUUCAUAAACGCCUCAACUGUGGGAAAAGCUUCAGUAAGAGCUCAGAGCUGACCAGACAUCCGAGAACCCUCAAGGGUGAGGUACCCUAGGAACAGCUUGACUAGAUUCAGUCUGAGUUCACACAUCAGUGACCCACACAACAGAGAGACCUUGAAUGGGCAAAGCUUCUAGCCUGCCCCUGUAGUUCCAGGCAGCAGCAAAUCCACACGGGGAAGAAAGCUCUCAGAUGUCCUCAGGGUGGAAAAUGGUCCAAGUGGAGCUAACACGGAAUUGGACAUCGGAGACUCCUCCGCACAGUCGGGAAGUUCUCUCAGUGCCUUACUAGUGCUGGCCAUAGUAAUAAAUCCAUUUCCUACUUCCCCCACACACCAGGGGCCUUUGGCUCCCAAGGAUCCAGCUGCCCAUCUCUGGGGUGAGGAUACAGCGGUAGCUGUUUCAGCAAGCCCCAGGCAGAGGAGGGGAAGCCCCGAUCAGGCCCUCCUCCCUGCACCAGCCCUGGCUGCUGAGCUGAUGGGCCACAGGUGGUUUAAGGGGGAGAGAGAGAAACUCCUCCAGAUGCUCCCUCUGCCUUGCUGAACUCCCCCCCCCCGCCCUUCCCAGACAGGCUCCCCCUUCCAUGGAGAUUAGGAGAAGGACACUUGGGCCAGGCCUGACCUUCACUCUAUAGACACCUGUCUCACUCCCCUCCCUGUCUUCCACCAGUCCCUGGGCUGGGCUCCCCCAUGUACCUGGAGCUAUUUCAUGCAGAUUAAGUGUCCCUGGGGGCUGGCAACUCCUCCCCUUCCCAAAUCGCCCAGGGUUCUGGGGGAUCAGAUACUGAGGGACCAGGAGGAUGGGUUUUGUGGAGGAAACUGGGGAUUGAAGAAUUGGGGCGGCUAGAACUAGGAAGCACGGGGAACUGGGUGCUGGGGCUAUCGAGUGUUUGGGGACUGUGGGAUAAGAAGAGAGGGAGAGCACGGGGUAUAGAGAAGUACUGCUUCUUAACAUUCAUUCCCUCGGUACCUUUGUGAUGGGUUUUCCCAGGGUACAGCCUGGAACUGGGGUCCUGCUGAGCCCUCUGGCAUACCAGUCUGGGCUCCCUUACUCCCUAAGAAAGAGAGAUUUAAAAUCAUUAUAAGUAGUGAGCGUAUAGAUCAAAGCAGAUUACCAUAAGAAAUAAAACAAAACACAACCUAAGCCCUAUAAACUCGACAGGAUUUGAAUCAAGCAGUGUCUCGCCCUGUUAGCGGACAGAGGCAGGAAUUCUGUCCCGCCUGGGACCCCCUUCCCCACUUCAGUCUUUGUUCCUGACGUGUUUUCCGGUGUCGAGUUGUAGGGGGAGAGAGGCCCAGUGGUGAUGUCACUUCCCCCUUUUAUAGCUUCUUGCAGGUGGCGUGAACUUCUUUGUUUCAAGCCAAGCCCCCAGCAGGAGUCUGUGGAAAAGUACAGCAACAAGAUGGAGGCCAGUAUCCCAUGAUCUAGUCACAUGCCCGUGCAAGCUUCCAUGAGUUCUAGCAGCCGUUACUCAUACCCUGACUGAAGUGUCCACACGACAGAUCGUCCGGUCAGGAUAAGCUUUUCCCAUGGCCCGUUGUUUUUGCCGAUGGGCCAGUCAACUGGAAUAGGCCUUUCACAAUGUGCUGACUAGACUGGAGGUGGAGUAUUUUGUGUUUCCCAGGAGCAAACACAUUUGAAAUACAGAUGCAUAGUCAGCAUUUAUAACUCCAGCUACAACGAUACAAGCAUGCUCAAAUAAAUUGGUUAGUCUCUAA